GUCAGUUCUUUCUCUGCUUCCACAGCACUCCACCUUCAUGUUGAUUUCAUCAGUUUGAGUGAUAAAAGCAAGUGUCCAGGGUUUGUGUUUGUAAUUGUUUUGGGGUCAAGGGUUGUUUCAAACUGCUUCAGGCCUGUCUAUUUCAGGACUAUGGGUAUAGGAGGAGUGAACAUCCCCCUGGAAGAGAAAUCAAGAGAUCCCCAGGUCGUCUGUUACACAGGAAUCUACGAUACAGAAGGAGUGCCUCACACCAAAAGUGGGCAAAGACAGCCUUUACAGGUCAACAUACAGUUUAGUGACAUCGGCACUUUUGAGACAGUCUGGCAAGUCAAAUUCUAUGACUACCACAAACGAAAUCAUUGCCAAUGGGGAAACGCCUUUGGUAGCAUCGAAUAUGAAUGCAAACCCAAUGAGACACGCAGUCUUAUGUGGAUCAACAAAGAGAUGUUCCACUGAAGAUGAGCAAAGUGGACACUGCUGGACAAUCUUUUUUUUUAAAAAUCUACCUUUAAACCAGCACAAAGCCUUAACAAAGGCAUACUAUACAGUUGCUUUGUCCCGCGUGGUACAAAUAACAUGCUAAAUUAUACAUACAGUGGGUGCCAUUAAACCUUGACACUUGCUACUCACAGUAUUUGAACUUAUCAUGGCAUCUGCAGUAUUCUUCAUCCUUGCAGUAGGGAAUUCUGCAGGCACCUUGGUAAAGUAAACACUGUGAUGCCAACAAGAUGUGGAUAAUACCCACUAAACAGUAUCACUGGAUGUAAUACCCUUGGUGAAAUACCUUGCAUUAGUAAAAUUCAGAUCCAACUUCAUAUUAGUGAUGAUUUCUGUAUUUAUAUUUGUGUUGUCCCUAAAACAUGCUCCAUUGUGCAGUUUGUCUACGUCUUGUCAUGGUAGACAGCAGAAGUGCAAGUUCUGGAUGUUUGGACAUUGGCUACUGCACUGUUGAAGUUGCGUUUUCAUAUUGGGAGACUCGGACAUACUGAGUCUCCCUCUUCUGUUAAUGUCGUAAAAUAUGCUGUGACUGGCUUUCCUCUUUUGUGAAAUUUGGUAAAAUGUCAUUGUUUUGCUAUGUUCCCCAGUUCCUGAAGUGAUUUUUGAAAAACCAAGAGAUACCAUGAAAACCAUUAGCAUAACAAAACAUACCGAAAAGCAAUAAAUCUGUGGUCUUAAAGGCAUAAUUGCACAUCUAUUGAUGUUGCUGAUACAUAUCUUUAGAGCAUGUACACUGCUCUAACAAAAUAUAAUGGUCACACCUAAUGUUCUCUGAGUUCGUCGAGAUUAUCAGUUCCAGUGGUAGUCUCAAUUUUUUAAGACUAGGAAUAUUGCUCAAACCAGUAGAAUCUUUCAAAAGAAAUGAAUUUUUUGAGGUGUGAUCACUGUACUGUACUAAAACCUCCAGACUUUCAUAUCAGCCAGAAAUACUCAUCUCUGAAGAAGGGCCCAGAUCCUGCAAAUGCUCACACAUGUGACAGCAAAAGGACAGUCAAGUUGUAAGUAAAGUGCAUCAGUGCACACUUGUGCAUGAGUGUUGCAGGAUCAUGACUUAAGGUGCUAAACAUGUAAUUUCCAAUGUUUACAGCUGAGAGGCAAAGGGGAACGUAGAUUCAGAUUUCUUCUUUCAAUAAAUAAAGCAGGUAAAUUACUAUACUGUCCCACCUUCGAUCUCUGCUGGGUUAAGUUCUCUCUCUGGUAUAUUAGUUGUUCCUGUAAUCCUUUGUGAAUAAUUUUUAAAUCAUGUCUGUAAAUUGUAAUCACAACUUUUGACCUUUUUAAUAAAGGACUUGGAAACAAUCUA